AUGGCAAAAGUGGAAAACGACGAUGAGAGCAUGUGGUCAUGCCUGAAAAAAUGUUUCAAAAAAGUGAAUCAUAUACAUGUAUUUUUCGCAUUAUUUGCGGUUGUAUUGUUAGUGGAAUCAGUUAGUGCCACAUGUAUCAUUUCUACAACGCAAGCAAUUGAACGACAAUUUCAAAUACCAUCAAAGCUGUCCGGUUUUAUGGUUAGCGCCAGUGAUUUUGCAUACAUUCCUAUGGUAAUCUUUGUUUCGUACUUUGGUUCUAAGGGUAAUCGAGUUAAAUGGAUUGGUGUUGGCACUUUAAUAACGGCAAUUUCACAUUUGCUCAUUUCUUCAUCUAAUUUUUUAUUUCCAGUCGAACAGCAAAUUCUCAAUUACACCUUUCUUCAUAAACGUUUGUUUCCACCUGAUAAACUUUUGAUAUCGAGUGCUAAAUUGGCUCAGUUUUUUGACUAUGAACUUAUAAAAGAUCGCAUAAAUGAAAGUGUAAGGAAAAAUUUCCUGAAGAAAAUAGUACCAUUGAAUGAUCAUUCAUUUCACGUGACGCCAUCGUGGAAAAUGGAACAUGGCGAUGAAGUAUUGGUUGCCGAUGCUAAUUACACAUUGAAUGAACGUUUAUUAUCCAAGAUCGUUCGAAAGAUACAUGCGGUGAUUGAUGGCAAUACAAGUAGUAAUGAUAUCAGUGAAGUGAAGAAUUUGUUACAAAAAUAUGUCACUGAAAGAGCUAAUGAAACGUUGGCUGAUUUGGCUAAAAUACAAAAUAGUGCUCGCGCACCAUUUGCUUACUGUUCGAAACUUAUCAAUGAAAUGCGACAAAUUAUCAGAACGACUAAAUGUGGGAAAAAAUCCUUGCAUAAGAGGCCUAUUAUGAUGCUAUUUUUCGGUUUAAUUGGCUUCGGCGUCGGCCGUUGUAUGCCGUGGUCACUCGGUGUACCGUUAAUCGAUGACAGUUUUUCUAAGAAAAAUCUUCCGACAUUCUUUGCUGGCAUGAACUUCAUUCGAAUUCUAGGACCCGUGUGCGGAUUUUUGAUCGGAAGUUUCUGCAGCAGUUUUUACUACACUUUAAAACCUCCACCGGGUUUGUCAGCAAAGGAUCCAACUUGGAUAGGCGCGUGGUGGUUGGGAUAUUUGUUCAUUGGUCUGUUGCUAAUCGGACCGUCAACAGCAUUAUACUUUUUUCCUAUCAGGAACAAAUCUACAACAACAAAAGAUACCAUCAAGGAUGAUAAUUGCGCGGAACAAAAGGAAGUCGAAAUGCCAGUAUUUGACAAGCAUCGUGGCAAUAAUCCCAUGGAGUCAUCCAUUUGUGCUAAGUUUCAAGCGCUUUGUAAAGCAUAUGCAGAAAUAUUACAGUCAAAAAUAUUUGUCGGUCUCUUAGUAGCUCGGUCACUCGAUUUAUUAGCAUUCCGUGGUUAUAUGGUAUUCUUGCCGAAAUAUCUCGAGAUGCAGUUUGGUAUACCACAGUAUAAAGUACAUAUACUUAUGGCAUCUUUUGGUAUAUUUGGACUUGCAAUGGGCGCAAUCAGUGGCGCUAUAAUCGUACGACGUUAUAAAUUUAGUGGCCGUGGUGCUGCAAUAUUAAUUAUGGUCCUUUCUGUCGUUAACAUUGCCCUAUUCUUCAGUAAAGCCUUUUUUGGUUGCUAUUCGACAGUUAGCACAGUUGGUGCCAAUGGCCGGUCAAUUAACUAUAAUUAUACGCAGUCAUGUAAUGCAAAUUGUGGCUGUCAAUCAGCACCAUUAUAUCCGAUUUGUGAUAAAUCCGGAUAUGCUUACUUCUCACCUUGUCAUGCGGGUUGUCGUGAUGUUAGGAUAACCGAUGUGAGAAAGCACGAGUUGGAAUUUUCCUCAUGUGAAUGUAAGCCUGAAGAGGUGUUGUCGAGGAAGAAUUGUCGGGAUGGUUGCAGUCUGAAUGCAAUGCUUUUUUCCAUUCUUAUUACUAUCGGAUCAUUUGCCGUUGGUAAUUGUCUGGUACCCGGAAUGCUUCUGCUUUUAAGGUCGGUACCACCGGUACAUCGGAGCAUCGCCCUCGGUUUUCAAGGCUUUGUGGUAAGUCUAUUUGCUAGUCUACCUUCACCAUUUAUUUGGGGAGCUAUAGUGGAUACCACAUGUCUGGUUUGGAGUUAUACAUGCCCCGAAAUUAAGGGAGCAUGUGCCAUUUACGAACCAAUAUUAUUACGUCAACGACUGCACUUCACGUACGUUGCUUUUCGUCUUGCAUCAGCUCUAGCUGAUCUUUAUGUGAUUAAACACGCCCAUGGUAUAAACAUUGUCAAUGAAGCGGAUGAGGGCCCGAAACAUCCCAGCGGUAUGAUGGCACCACAUGUAGCUGGACAAUCAGUACAAUGCACUCUUUGCUGA